AGCCGUAAGGUGCUAGCCGUAACAUGGCAGUAGGCGGGGCGAGUGACUCGUAUACCAGCGGUUAUGGAGGCUCUACACUACCCCUCCCACACUCUUCGUCACUAUAUGGCCUAAAUUGGCUUUCUGUAGCUUCGAGACUCGUCUCAAGCGGCAAUAUCCCCUCCUGCGAUAUAUAAACCCAAUUGGAUCUCUUUUCGCUUCCGACCCCCUUUUCGUCACAUCACCACAUUAACAUGCUCUCGACAUCUAGAUUAUCCACUCUCACAAAGCAGUCGCUUAUGCGCAAGUCUGCCAGCUUCGUCAAAGCCUACUCCUCCUCUCCCGACUUGAAGGCCACCUUGGAGUCGGUAAUCCCAGCGCGCAAGGAGGCCUUCUUGAAGGUCAAGAAGGAACUCAGCGACAAAAAGCUUGGGGAUAUCACCGUCGGUUCCGUCAUCGGCGGUAUGAGGGGUAACAAGUCCUUGUACUGGCAGUCUUCGGUAUUGGACGCCAAUGAGGGGAUCAGAUUCCACAACCACACCAUUGCUGAGACUCAGGAGUUUUUGCCAAAGUCCAAGCACGAGCUUUCAGGCAAGGAUGCCGGAUUGUCAGAAUUCUUGCCGGAAUCCAUGUUCUGGUACUUGCUCACCGGCGAAAAGCCAACCCAGGAGCAGAUCGACAACUUCAGUGUGGAGUUGGCCGAAAAGGGUGACUUACCGCCAUACAUCUUGCAGAUUUUGGACAACUUGCCAGCAACCUUGCAUCCAAUGUCGCAGUUGUCCAUCGCCAUCACCGCCUUGAACCAUGAAUCCACCUUUGCCAAGGCCUACCAAAGAGGUAUUCCAAAGUCCGAGUACUGGCAGUACACCUUCGACGAUUCCAUCAACUUGAUCGCCAAGUUGCCAGCUUUGGUCGGGAAAAUCUACCAGAACACCUACCACGCCGGUAAGGUCGGUAAGGGCGAGUUCUUGGGUGCCAUCAACAAGGACCGUGACUGGUCGUACAACAUGGCUUCUUUGCUUGGCUUGAACAACUCCGCCGACUCCGUCAACAUCAACGGCAUGUCGAAUGACCGCUCCAAGGACUUUGUCAACUUGAUCAGACUCUACUGCGCGCUCCACGGUGACCACGAAGGCGGUAACGUGUCUGCCCACGCCACCCACUUGGUUGGUUCCGCCCUUUCCGACCCAUACUUGUCGUAUUCGGCCGGUAUCCAGGGUCUUGCUGGCCCAUUGCACGGCUUGGCGGCGCAGGAGGUGGUCCGUUUCGUCACCACCAUGUACGAAUCCCUUGGCUCGCCAAAGGCCACCGAGUUCAAGAGCUCCAAGAUCCAGGAGUACUUGUGGUCUAUCUUGAACAGCGGCAGAGUCAUCCCAGGCUAUGGGCACGCUGUUUUGCGUAAGCCAGAUCCAAGAUUCACCGCCAUGUUGAAAUUCGGUCUCGCCAGAGAGUCCAUCGCCGAGGACCCGCUUUUCCAGUUGGUCCACAAGUUAUCUCAGGUCGCGCCGGGGGUAUUGACCGAGCACGGAAAGACCAAGAAUCCAUUCCCGAACGUUGACUCCGGCAGUGGGGUUCUUUUCUAUCACUACGGUGUCAAGGAGACCUUGUUCUUCACCGUUAUCUUCGGCGCCUCCAGGGCGUUGGGUCCGUUGAACCAGUUGGUAUGGGACAGAAUCUUGGGUCUUCCGAUUGAAAGACCAAAGUCUGUUGACUUGGCCGGCUUAAUGGCAUAGGGA